CGCGCAUAAUUUUUAGUCUGAUUCUGAAAGCUUGCGUCCAAAUAGAAAAUAGAGUGCAGUAUACAAGAUUUUGUAUUUGUUAAUUAAUUUAUCAUAUAUCAAUUAUACAUGUUAUAUUGCCUUCAUUGACUUUUUCGAGUUCUUUUCAAAGCGACCAAGAAAACAUGUGUGAUCUUCUUGAAAUUUGACCAAGAUAUGCUUGCAGUGCACCCCACGCGAUUCCGUGAUAACACAUUCUCUCUAUUUAUUACAUAUAUAUAAUGCAUUUGAUUCCAAGAAUUGUCAAAAAGCAAAGAACCAUUCGAUCAAACAAAAAAAAACCAAAGAACCAAAAUCCGAACAGUUCAAAAUGGCAAACGACAACUUUGAUGACCAACACAAUGACGUGGUGGCGGCCGUAAUGGUCCCGCUUCCGGCGCAAGGCCACCUCAACCAGCUCCUCCACCUCUCCCACAUCCUCUCAUCUCACGGUCUCUCCGUCCACUUCGUCGGAACGCCGUCCCACAACCGCCAAGCUCAGGUACGCCUCCACGGGUGGGACCCAGAAGCCACUUCUAAGAUCCACUUCCACAAUUUCCCAAUUCCAGCUUUCCCAAUUCCGCCUCCCAAUCCCAACGCCACCAAUAAGCUUCCCGUCCACCUCUUCCCUGCCUUCACCGCCACCGUUCAUCUUCGGCAACCCAUUUCCGAGCUAGUCAAAAACCUCUCAAUUACUUCCCGGAGAGUGAUUGUGAUACACGAUUCUCUCAUGUUUUAUGUAAUCCAGGAUGCUGCCUCCGUCCCAAAUGCCGAAUCCUAUUGUUUCCACAGCUUGAGUGCUUUUGCGAUGUACGUUAAUAGUUCGGAAAGGACAGAGAAACUUCCGGCCGUUCUUCCCGACGGCGUCCCAGUGAAGGACCUUUUGAUUAACGGAGGCUCGAGUUCGGGAAUCCUUUUCCCUGCAGAAUUGAUGGAGUUCUUUAAGCUCCAACGAGAAUCGAGGAAGCGUAAUUGGGGGAAUCUUUUCAACACUAGCAGAUUGAUUGAAAGUGAAUAUCUCGAUUCCCUUGCUGAAGAAAAACUAUGCGGGUCGGAGAAAAACUGGGCAAUUGGUCCUUUUAAUCCGGUGCUGAUGAAAAAUCUGGAAAAAAGAUCAUCUGAAAAGCAGGACAAAUGUUUGGAUUGGCUUGACAAACAACUCAGUAAGUCGGUUAUAUUCGUUUCUUUCGGGUCAAAUACUUCAUUAAGCGAUGAACAAAAUGAGGAAAUCGCAAACGGAUUGAAAAACAGCGGGCAAAAGUUCAUCUGGGUUAUCAGAGAAGGAGACAGAGGAGAUGUUUUCGCGGCGGCAAAGGAGAACCAGCGAGCCAGAUUGCCGGACGGAUACGAAGAGGAAAUAGAAAACAGAGGAAUGGGAAUGAUUGUGAGGGAUUGGGCACCCCAAUUGGACAUUUUACGGCAUCCGUCAACCGGCGGAUUUAUGUCUCAUUGCGGGUGGAAUUCGUGUAUUGAGAGUAUCAGUUUAGGGGUCGCGAUGGCAGCUUGGCCAAUGCAUUCCGACCAGCCGAUAAAUGCAAUUCUGGUGACCAGAAUUCUGAAGGUUGGCCUAAUGGUUGGAGAAUUCGGGCACGAAGGGGAGUUGGUCAAGGCGGAUGUAAUUGAAAAUGCGGUUAAGAAAUUGAUGGAUUCUGCUGAAGGAGAUGAGAUUAAGAAGAAGGCGGCGGAAUUAAGCGAUGCCAUUAAGAAAUCUGUAACUAAGGGUGAUGGUGAGAUUGUAAAUAAAUCCAGGACAGAAAUGGAUACUUUUAUUGCUCAUAUUACCAGGUGAUCACUGAUUUUACUUGGUUAUUAGAAAUCCACAAUCAUGAAGAAAUUCUCUGGGAUAGUAUAAGGAAAAAAGAGGUCAGCUUUUCAGCAGAUUAUGUGUUAUCUCGCUGAUCAGAACCUAUUUCAUUGUGAGAGAUUGAGAGUAGUUCAUUUAUCAAAUUUGGCUAAUGGUUUAACUUUCCCAUGAUGAUGUUUAAUUGGGGUGGGUUUUCGAGUUUGGCCAACUCUUAUGUAGUAUCAACAUACGUAUAUGAGAAUGUUCUGUACUUUUUUUCAACCAAAGGAAAAGAGUCAUUUCAGUAGAUUUAUGUAAGGAAGAGAUUAUAUAAUAAAGUUAACCC